AGCCUCACGCGCACUGUCGGCGGCCUCCUCAGCAGCUCGCGCCAUUUAUCAAUCCCCCCGCCCGCGGUCCUCCUCGCUUCCAAGCCAAGCCGCGGGAGCGACGCCACGGCAACCACCGUCCCACUACUGGGCUCCCCUCCCACACUCACUCCCACUCUCUCCGCUUCCCCCGCGGCUGCUAUAACUGCAGCUGGCUGAGGAGCCUAGGAACCUAGCAGGCGCGAGAGGGGAAGAUGGCGAACGGCGGCGGCGAGGGGAAGGCGGGCGCGGGGUACCAGUACGGGCCGUACGGCGUGGUGCGGGAGGAGAGGCAGUGGUGGCCGUGGCUCGUGCCGGCCGUGCUCGGCGCGUGCGUCACGGUGUUCGCCGUCGAGAUGUACAACAACGACUGCCCGCGCCACGGGAGCACGCUGGGCGGAGGCGACGCGCCCUGCGUCGCCGGGUUCCUCCGACGCUUCGCCUUCCAGCCGCUCCGCGAGAACCCGCUCCUCGGCCCCUCCUCCGCCACUUUGGAAAAAUUGGGAGCUCUUGACUGGGCCAAAGUUGUUCAUCAGCACCAAGGGUGGCGCCUCAUCAGCUGUAUCUGGCUCCACGCUGGCCUAAUCCAUUUGAUUGUCAACAUGCUGAGCUUGCUAUUCAUUGGAAUCCGCCUCGAGCAGCAAUUUGGGUUUGUGCGCAUUGGGAUCAUCUACUUGCUAUCUGGCUUUGGUGGCAGUGUGCUCUCUGCACUGUUUUUAAGGAAUCACUACAUCUCUGUUGGCGCCUCUGGAGCUUUGUUUGGCCUACUUGGCUCUAUGCUCUCUGAGCUUAUUAUGAACUGGACCAUUUAUUCCAACAAGGCAGCUGCCAUCAUAACUCUUCUGUUUAUAAUUGUGAUCAAUUUGGCAAUCGGGAUACUACCACACGCUGAUAACUUUGCGCACAUUGGUGGAUUUGUGAGUGGAUUUCUUAUUGGCUUUGUGCUGCUGGCAAGGCCUCAAUUUGGUUGGAUGGAACGGAACGAGUUGCCCCAGACUGAUCAACCUCCAAAAUACAAAACAUACCAGUAUGUUCUGUGGGGCGUGGCACUCCUCUUGCUGCUAGUUGGAUAUGUGGUUACCCUGGCAUUGCUUUUCAAGGGCAAGAACGGCAACGAUGGCUGCCACUGGUGCCGGUACCUGAACUGCGUGCCGACAUCCAGAUGGAAGUGCGGCACCUAGACGGUCGAAUUCUACUGCCGGGUCUUCUCCAGAAUACAUACAUACAUAUACAUAUAUAUUCUACAAGGAACCAUCUUUUAUGCUCGUGUGGUUAUAGACACAUAAAUCAAACUUGUGCUUGGGAGCUAGAUUAUCCCUGUAUCUACAGAGUACAUUAUUGCGAGAUGAUGUAAUUUGAGCUUGUAAACCUGUUGAUCUCAGCGUAAUUGUGCACCUAUAUACUGUAUAUUCCUUUGCCGUAGAUCUUUUUGAUCUGUCGACUUCAUUCUAAAGAUCAUUGCAAGCAA